AUGUCGACGUCCUUCGCCGCCGCUCGCGGCGUCGCGCGCGCCGCGGCGACAUCGUGCCCGCGACGCGCGCGCCGCGCGGUGGCUCGCUCGUCGUCUCGCCGCGCGUCCGCGCGCGUCGCCGCAUCCGCGACGUCGUCGUCGUCGUCCGGCGUGGAGGUCAUCACGUUCGACCUCGACGACACGCUCUGGCCGACGACGCCGGUCGUCGCGCACGCGAACCAAGCGUUCGUGGACUUUUGCUCGGAGAGGAUACCCGGGUUCCCGGACACCGCCGGCGUGAACGAGUACAUGAAGGCACGUCGCCGAGCGAGCGGAACGCCGCGCGGAACGUCGCGGACCCGCCAUCCGCCGUUCAGAGUCCGCGCGGAGCGCGAGGCGCUCGCGAGGAGAGACAACGACCGCCACUUCCCGCUGUCGUUCGCGUCGCUUCGCAUCGCGGCCGCGAACGUGGCGGCGGUCGAGCUCGGUGUCCCCGUGCACGACGCGGUGUCGAUCGUGAGGUGCGCGUUUUUCACCCACCGCUCGGGUUCAACUCUCGAUCGCGUCCCCUUUCAACUGACCGACAUUUCGCACGCGCUCGCCCCGUCAUCAUCCGUCAGUCGCGGGUACCACCUCGCGUGGAUCCCCGCGCGGGGGGAGAAGGCCGCGGAGCUGCUCUUCGACGGCGCGCGGGAGAUGCUGCGGGAGCUGCGCGCGAACCACCCGAACGCCGCGAUCGGGAGCAUAACGAACGGGCUGGGCAGCGCGGCGAGCGCGGGGCUCGGAGAGUUUUUCGACUUUGAGAUCUCCGCGGACGAGCUGAUGGACUCGGAAGGCGUGGUGCGUUCGUCGCGGUUCAUGUUCACGCGCGCUAAACUCCACGCGCGCGCGCACGCGAAAGGCCCGUGGAGCGGCGACGCGAGCGCGUGGGUGCACAUCGGCGACGACGUCGUGAACGACUGCGGCGCGGCGAAGACACACGGCGGGUUUCGAACGAUCAUGGUGGACUCCCCGGAGGUGGUGCCGUGGCCGGGGAGCGCGGCGAAGAUUUUCGACGCCGGCGAAGACGCGCCCGACGCGAGCGUCGUCGCGGAUGUCGUCGUGACGUCGCUGAGGGAGAUCCCGGGGGUUCUGAGAGGGUGGGCGUAG